CUGUCUUCGGGUAAUUUCGGAAAGUGUUCGUGUUGACUCGGAGCUUCGCUGACAUGAAGCGCGAUGAGGCGUCCAGAGCCGCGGAGCUGCGCCGGUUUGUCGCCGACACUCUCUCCGCCGCCUCCCGGGAGAUCCUGGCGGCUGUCGACAGGCUCGUGGCCGAGCUGGAGGAGGAGGCUGCCGGCUUCAGGAGGCAGGUCACCCGGCAGCAGAGGCAGCUGGAGGUCCGCUCCGUUGGUGCUAAAUGCAGGAGAAGCUCCAGUCCUGCUGAGGAGAACCUGGAGAACCCGGAGAACCCGGAGAACCUGGACUUGACCUCUCCAUCCAGGUCGUCACCUCCGCGGCGUCGGAACGGGAGAAGGACGUCCGGCACGCGUCGGGACCAGGAGAAGAAGAACCACAUCCAGCUCAGGGUCCGGGUCCUGGACGACCCUCAGACCGCCGUCCUGUCCAGCAGUGUGCUGAAGAGAUGUCCGGUUCGGGAGCUGCGCUGCCGUCCGGACCUGCAGGAGGCCGACUUUGCCCUCCUGCUGAGGACCUCCUUCCCUCAGCUGGCCGCGGGAGACCGAGCCUUCGACGUGCUGACGUCGGACCGCCGCAGGAGGCUGCGGCCGCUGGAGCUGCGGCGUCUGACGCCCGGGGAGAUCCACCGGAGCGCCGGCAGCAGCUCCUGCAGGAGGUGCACCGUCCACAUCCGCCUGAAGGAGGAGCCUGCAGGCGUUUGCGAUCAGCCAACCGGCAGCUCCGUCAGCGGCACUGAAGACGGCGAGGAAACCUGCCGACGGCCCAGUGAAUCUGUUCCUGAGGUCGAAGGUUCCGGAGCCGGGAACUCGUCUGAGACCGAGAUGGAACCAAGUGAUGAAGUUCAGGAGACGUCUGGACCAGCUGUGACCUCUGGAACGGAGAACAACGGAACCGAUGAAGGAGAACCCAGCAGGAACCGGAGACCAGAACGGAGUGAAGACAAACCCAACAGGAGACCAGUUGGACUCCAGCUGGGACCUGAAGGACCUGAUGGGUCUGAUGGACCUCCAGACCCUGCUGGACCUCCAGACCCUGCUGGACCUCCAGACCCUGCUGGUCCCAGUCAGAUGGAUCUGGAGGAGGAGGUCUCUGAAGUCUCCUGUAGACUCUGCCGGUCUGUCCUCGGCUCGGAGGCGGCGCUGGUCCAACACGUGUGGAGUCUCCAUGCCAGUGAAUCGGUCUGCGGCGUUUGCGGAGAACCUUCGGCGUCCGUGGAGCUGCUGAAGGAUCAUCUGCAGGACCGGCACCGAUGGAGUGGCGAGCCGCUCCCGGCGGUUCCUCACUCGGCGGCGGCGGCGCUGACGGGCGAGGAGGACCUGCAGGAGGAGCGCCACCGCUGCUACAUCUGCCACCAGGAGUUCCCGCUGAGGGAGCAGCUGAAGACCCACCGCCGCACUCACAGGAACAGGAAGUCGCAGCAGUGCGGCGUGUGCGGCAAGUCCCUGAGCGACUACCGCUCGCUGUCCCGCCACAUGAUGAUCCACUCCGAGGAGCGGCCGCACGGCUGCCGGCUCUGCGGGAAGCGCUUCAAGCUGGCCGGGACCCUGAGGCAGCACGAGAAGAUCCACACGGACCGCCGGCGCUCGCACCUCUGCCACGUCUGCUGCAAGAUGUUCCUGACCGGCCGGCAGCUGCACGACCACGUGAUGACGCACGGCGAGGAGAGGCUGCACCGCUGCGGCCGCUGCGGGAAGGCCUUCGUCAAGAAGGGCGCGCUGACGGCGCACAUGCGCGUCCACACCGGCGAGACGCCGUACCGCUGCCCGCACUGCGGCUGGGCCUUCCGGUGGAAGAACAACCUGGCGGAGCACCUGAGGGUCCACUCGGGCGUCAAGCCCUACGUGUGCGGGAUCUGCGGCAAGGCGUGCGCCCGCAAGGUCUACCUGACCGUGCACAUGAGGACGCACAGCGGCGAGCGGCCGUACAAGUGCUCCGUGUGCCAGAAGGUCUUCACCCAGGGCCACUGUCUGAAGACUCACAUGAGGAGCCACCAGGGGGCGCCGGCCGCACCCUGACCGAGCUCCUGCUGGUCACGUUCUGCUGUCAGCACUUUA